AAUUCAUUAUUUGUUAUUGAUAGUUCAAACAAAUAUCUCAAGCUUAUGAAGUUCUUUCUACACCUGAAAAGCGACGUUUAUAUGAUCAAGGUGGAGAACAAGCUCUUAAAGAAGGUGGAGUUGGCAACUCCUUCUCUUCACCUAUGGAUCUAUUUGACAUGUUCUUUGGUCAGUUUGGUGGAUCUGGUCAUAGUGGUCGUGGUCGCCGUGGUCCUCAAAAAGGCAAAGAUGUUGUACACCAGCUAAGUGUUUCUCUUGAAGACCUAUAUAAUGGAUGUGUGCGAAAAUUAGCUCUAGAAAAAAAUGUUAUUUGUGAUAAAUGUGAAGGUAGAGGUGGAAAAAAGGGAGCUGUAGAAUCAUGUCCCGGUUGUCAAGGUAGUGGCAUUCAAGUUCAAAUUCAUCAGUUGGGACCAGGAAUGAUCCAACAAGUGCAAUCUAUGUGUAGUGAAUGUCGUGGACAGGGUGAACGCAUAAACCCUAAAGAUAGAUGUCGGACAUGCAAUGGCAAAAAAGUUAAUCGUGAACGAAAAAUUUUGGAAGUUAAUGUUGAUAAAGGUAUGGUAGAUGGACAAAAAAUUACUUUUAGUGGUGAAGGUGAUCAAGAACCUAGUCUUGAACCUGGUGACAUAAUUAUUGUAUUGGAUGAACGAGAACAUCGUGUAUACAAGAGAAAUGGUAGUGAUCUUGUUCUCCGAAUGGAGAUAGAAUUAGUUGAAGCUUUAUGUGGAUUCCAAAAAGUCAUUAAAACUUUAGAUGAUCGUUCCUUGGUUGUUACUGCUAUUCCAGGUGAAGUUUUGAAACAUGGUGAUGUUAAGUGUAUUAUGAAUGAAGGUAUGCCUCAGUAUAAAAAUCCAUUUGAGAAAGGACGUAUGAUAGUACAGUUUUUGGUUAAUUUUCCUGAUAAAUUGCCUAUUCAAAAAAUUACUCAACUUGAAUCUUGUCUUCCAGCUCGGCCAGUUGAGACUAUACCAGAAAAUGCUGAAGAAGUUUCAUUGAUCGAGAUGGAUCCAGAGUAUGAAUCUAGAAGACGUGAAAGACGUGAAGCAUACAAUGAUGAAGAUGGCCCAACCAGAAAUGUACAAUGCGCAUCUCACUAACAUUCUUUAUUACUUACCAAUCCAUGUCUUACAGUAUCCCAGUUUAUUCUUUACCAAGCGAAUACAAUUUAUUUAACGUGUAAUAAAUACUAGAUAUUUAUUCUAUAUAUUAAAAUACAAUUCUACUUUUUUUUAACCAAAAGUUGAAGGAUUCAGUCUAUACUUUCUGUUUGCCAAUUAAUAUAUUAGUGCACAUCAUU